AUAAUAUAUAGUCGUAUACUCUAAACUGAUCUACUGACUGUUCUCGAAAUUUUUUUUUUUUGGUUUCUCUUAUAAUAAACCCCGUGAUUGAAUAUUUUUUUUUUUCGAAUUUCCCCUCAAACCCCCCGAAACAUUUCUUUUUUAAUCUCGACGCUCCACCAUCAUCUCUUCUCUCUUACUGACUCCCAUCCUGGACUGGGCCAACAAGUCUUCUUUCUUCCCUCCUUUCUCCCUCCUCCCUCCCUCCUUUUUACCUCCCCUCCCCUUCCCCGUGAUUCUUUUCGAUUCACGACGGUCUCUGUUCGGUCGUUCUGUGUCUCCGCUCUGAGACACUAUUUUCCGUCCCGUUGUCCCUUUUCCUUUUUGGCGUGAGAAGAGAAAGAGUACACUUAACCCAGUGCAACUCAAUCCUGAGCGAUGGCAACUGUUUCAGCUCCCACCCCUAAGCUGGAUCGCUAUAUUGUCAUCCACGUCGCAACCACCUGCGAUGAACAUGGCGUCUACGUCACUAAGGAUUCAGCAGAGGUGAUUGAAUUGGGGUGGAUUCUGUUGGAUACCAAAACCUGUGAGGAGUUGCACCGUGAGAGUGUGCUCGUCAAGCCCGUCAACACUCCUAUCACGCCGCUUUGCACGAGCCUGACAACUCUGACAUGGGAGCACGUCCGCUCGGCAGGUACCUUCCGCGAUGCUAUCAACCGCUUCGACGCUUUCGCCCAGGAACACCUUCUCAGCAAGAAUUUGGAGUUUGCUUUCGUGACGUUGGAUUCGUGGGACCUUCGUGUACAGCUACCCCGUGAAGCUCGAGAUAAGGCGGUCGUUCUUCCCCCAUAUCUCCAGCACUCCCGGACCUUCGAUCUUCGUACCGAGUAUCAGAGAUGGCAGACUCAUCACCCCGAGUCUCUACCCUUCGGCCCCAGCUCCCUCUCCAACAUCUGUGCCGCUCUCGAAGUCGAACCCGUUCAAACCUCCGCCCCGAUUAAACACAACCUCCCCUUCCACUUGCAGGCUUUGGCCCCCGCAUCGCCACGACGGGCCAUGGAAGAAGCUAUCACGUUGGCUCGCGUCCUCCGCGGCCUGAUUCGCAAGUCUCAACCCCCACACGAGCACCCUGAGAUCUUGACCCGCCCCAUGGAUGCCAGAGCGGAUGUUCGUGCCUUCCUGGCCGAGCGGAGCAAGGUGCUUCAUUUGAGCGGUCUUCCCCAUGACACGACCCAGUCGGAACUCGAGAGCUGGUUUACUCAGUUUGGUGGCCGUCCGAUCGCCUUCUGGACCCUUCGGACUCCGGAUCAGCACAAGCCUACUGGCACUGGUUUUGCUGUCUUCUCAUCCCAUGAAGAGGCUGCGGAAAGCCUCUGCAUGAAUGGCCGUGCUCUCAACGAGAAGGCCAUUGAGGUCUCCCCUUCCUCUAGCCGUGUACUCGACCGUGCAGCAGAGAUCUUGACCCCGUUCCCUCCCUCGAAGAACCGUCCCCGCCCCGGUGACUGGACCUGCCCGUCAUGCGGAUUCUCCAACUUCCAGCGCCGUACCGCUUGUUUCCGCUGCUCUUUCCCCGCCAUGGCUGCCGCCCCGGAUCCGAUGGGCUACGGCGCCUUUGGCUACGGCCCGCCAUCCAUGAUGCCCCCUCACAUGGGUCACGGUCACGGCAUGGGCCAUUCCCGAGGUAUGGGCGGCGGUAACGGUGGUGUGGUUCCCUUCCGUGCCGGAGACUGGAAGUGCGGCUCUGAAGGUUGUGGUUACCACAACUUUGCCAAGAACAUCAACUGCUUGCGCUGUGGCGCUCCCCGCUCGGGAGCUGCGGUGGUUGCGGACUCCGCUUUCCCAUCUCCCAUGGACCCUCCCUCAGGCUUCGGAAUGGGCCCUAAUUCCAUGGCCAGCACCCCUGCUCCCGGCCCCUUUACCUCGACAGCGGGUGGCUUUGGAGGAUUCAGCCAGCAAUUUGGAGCGCCCCCGAACAACUACGCUCUGCCCUCCGCAUUGGGCAGUGGCCCUGGAGGAUAUCCUCCCAUGGGUCAGAUGAACGCCGGCUACGGUUCGACAAAUACGUCUCACUCCGCCGCUUCGUUUGCCAACCCUGCCACGCAGGCCGCUUUUACCGGAGCCGACCACGCGACCUCCACGAGCGCUUCUAACGGCGCCUUCUACGGGGCGGACGGAUCCAACGAUCCGUUUGCCUUCCUGUCCACCGGAUUGGGUGGCCUGUCGGUUGGGGAUGAUGGCCACUCCCGCCGCAACGGUGCCGGUGCCAGCAAGUCCCCUGCAUAAAGCCGCAGCGGUGCAUUGCUAGGGCGGGGUGGUUGUACUAUUUACCUUUUUCUGUGACAGAACCCACCCAUUUGUGUUUGUGAAUAUGGUCAUCUAGAUUGUUGGUAUAUGUGACGGUUGAUACUCGUUGAUGCGCGUUUGUAUAGGGAAUUC